AAAAACCGGUAUUAAAUAAUUUUCAAUUCCUAUCCGGAGACAAUUGCGUGUGGUGCUGAACGUGGACCGCGUUCGCAUUUGUUUUUAUUUAUUUUCCGUCAAAGUCUCCAGUGGACUUCUUCGCGAUGGCAUUGACCAUUGUGUUGGGGUUAACUGUCUUAAGUGUAGCCAACUAUGGUAGUACUUAUGAGUUAGCUGGACAAAUAAAGCCAACCAUAAAACCAUUUUCUACACUGACUAACCAACAUUAUCAAGGAGACCAAUUCAAGUCAGCGUUCGGAUACAAUAGUGUACCUCCAAAGCCCUUCGGAGCACCAUUCGAACACUUUAAACAACCUUAUCAGCCGUACCAACCAUUUAGGGCCAAUUAUCAACCAUUUGGACCUUAUCCUGGUUACCCAGGGCCUGUUGUAUACCCCGGUCACGGUGGUUAUCAAGGACCAGAAGCUUACCGUUUUGAUGAACCCCACCACAAGCCAUUUGGAUUCCAACCAUUCCCAGCACCGGCACAGCCAGCCUUCAAUCAAUACAAAUUUGGACCCGCGAAAAAAUUCAACAAAAAUUUCCCAGGACUCGCCGAUUUCAACCAACCCGGCAAAUACUUCCAAGAACACCAAUUUGGAGCAUACCACGGACCUGAAUUCUCUUCUGCCAUUGUGCCUGCAGAACACAACAUUAAACAAUCAAGACCUAAGGAUACAUUAUUAGGCAAGCCAUUUGAAUUCGGAUUACCUAAACAAACCAGCUUUGGAUUCCCUUCUCCGCCAUCAUUCGGAUACCCAGUACCAAACUUCCCACCAGUCCAGCCUUUCGUCAGCACAGUGCCGUCGGUAAAAAGCGUACCCGCUACACUCAUCCCUGUGAACGCCGUUAAGGUCGAACAAAAAUUUGGAGGAGCUGAAGUCACUACCGCGGUCAUCCCGUCGUCAUCGGCUCAAGACGAUUCGGCAACGGUGGAACAGCAAUCCGUGGAAGUCACAGGCGAACCAUUGGCAGUGACGCCCGCUGCUGCGGACGCCCAGCCCAGUCCCGCUCAGGAAGAAAUCACUUCCGGUGGCUCCUCAGACGCCCAAGUGCCGAGUGCUGAAGUAUCGAUCAACAAUGAAGUGCCCGCCGGCGAAUUAUCGUACAACUAUGAAGUGCCCUCUGGCACAGUACCGGUCGACGAUAGAUUGGUCUCAUCUUCUGAAGCACCGAUCAACAAUGAAGCACCCGCCGUCACAGUACAGGUUGACGAUGGAUUGGUCUCAUCCUCUGAAGCACCGACCGACAAUGAAGCACCCGCCGUCUCAAUACCGAUCGACGGUGAAGUGAACGCUGUUCAGGACUCCGCCGCCGUCGCCCCGGCCCAAGAACAAAGCGCCGCACCUUCGUCGGAGGGUAACGAACCUAGCAACGUCGGAAGCGAGCAGACCGGAUCCGUCCCGGAAACACAAGACUCCGCAGUCGUCCAGGAACCCAGCCCAGUCGUCGUAUCCGAGGAAGUCAAGGAUACCUCCAGCGCCGCACCUGUCCAGGCUUCAAACGAACCCAGCGAAUCGUCCACCGUCAGCGGACCGGCGAAAUCCGAGGGAGUGGCGGCUGAGAACAAACCCGAGACUGGGUCUGCAGCUGUGAACUUGCCGGGUCUACCCGUCGAACUGCAGAACACUCAAUUCGGGCCCGUUCCCAUUUCGGACACGUCGUCUCUUGGUCAGUUCGGCUCUUCCGGAUUCCCAUACUUCGGACAGUCCGCCGGUGCCCAACAGCCGUCGUACUACCCCUACUUCGAUGCUCCCGGUUUCUCGGAGGAAGAACUCAAGGCAUUCGCGGCUAACUUCGCAACAAGCGUCCCAUCACAGUCCGGACAGGUCUUAGGAACCAGUGCAACCCCGGCGGCAAACAUCCCCCAGGGUAUUUCCAUCAGCAAUCCUUCGGCUGAAAUCGCCACCCUUAUCGAAAGUGGAAACAACGCCAAAAGUCAAGACAAAGCCACCGCUAGCGACGAGAAACAAAUAACUUCCGGUUCACCAUCACCUGCAACGCCUUUGUCCGACGCCCCAAAAACACAGUCGAAAUUCAACUCCGUCCAGAUAGUCCAGAACGACCCGUUCAACGGACAGUUGCCUUUGUUAUAUGACCCGUCCAGCGCCGCCGCGCCAUUGGACACUUACAAGUUCUACAGCCACCCGUCCGUUUCCAAGUGGGCAUCUCAAGCCUCACUGGCCUCGUACUCGCCCGAGUCCGCGUUCAGCAACUUCGGAUCCCAAUUCCAACAAGGCUACUUGGUCGAAGGGUCACCCACACUGACGCCGCUCACCAAGACGGUCGUGCAAUCCAGCCAGAUACCGCUUUCCAUCUCGUCCCUAGACCAUCCGCUCCACAGCCAGGUGUUCAAGUACUCGCAAUCGUUCGUGCCAUACCCAGGAUUGGUGGCCGGCAACAACGCCGCCGCUUACCAACCCUUCGACGUGUCGUCAUCCACUGCCACGCCAGCCGCUGCAUCUGUCACCACAGCCGAAGCCGCCGCCGCCGACGUUUCCGUCCAGUCUACUUCCACCCCGGAAGUGGCAGUUGAGAGCAGCAGCAGCACCAGCGCUCCGGCCGAAGAGUCAGCUUAAUGCGUCCGUGAUAUUCUUCCCGCCAUUUCCUUACUCCCGGAAAUGGUCACUUUACUUAUUUUCCUCGUUCUUCCAUUAACAAUCCAUCCAACGUUGCCUUUGUAUAAUCUAUAUUUGUGCCAUGAUGUUCGACGACGGCUGAACACCGCGGCGAUCCGUUCGCAGUACCGAUGAUCGACAGGGUUGUCAGUCAAUUUCAGAAAACUAUAAAUACAUAUACAUAUUGUAAUUAAUUAUUGAA